AAGGUCGCGGGGUUGUAAGUGGCGAUAAAACAAAAUUUAUGAACCUCCUGACCUUCACAAAAUACUUGACUUCAUUAUUUCUCUAUUACCGGCAUGUUCCGCAAUGGUUUUCAGGAGAUUAGAAACGUAUUCUGACAUUUAAUACAGGGGGUCAUAAGUAAUGGACAAGAUAAACAGAAAUCAUCUGUUCUGUGAUUAGCUUUAUCAUAUUUCUCUCACCAGUGCUAACUUUCUCUCCUCUGUAGUUUAAUCCAUCUACACGAUACUUUGACUUGGUCGUCGCUUGCCCACAGUUUACCGGCUGCUGACAGACCUGUAUCGCACAUGAUGGAAUCAUCUCCCCGGGAAACUGAAUGAGUCCUGGCAUCUUAAGUGUGCAGAGCAAUUAAUCAAUUCCGGUGUGAGAUUUAUUCCGGGUGUGACGGCAUCAUGCAACCCAUUCUCUAUUGAACUAAAUGAAAGACACACACAGGAUGCUUUGGAACGGAAAUAAAUUUCAGUUUGUGAAGAACGCCAGCUUUCUGGAAGACACCGACCUUUCUACGGCUGACCUUUCUACGGUGAAGUCCAUAUUGAAUUGUUCCGCUUCCCUUUCCUUCUACAGAAAUGGAACAUAUUUGGACAUUAACAGCUCCAUCUCAAUUCUGGGAAAUAAUAAAAUUUAUGAAGAAAACGAGUAUAUUUUGAACAGUUCUGGGAUUUUUGUGUGUGAAAAGGAGGCAUUGUUUGACAUCAAUGACAUCCGGGUAUUGACAACAAUCGUGACGUUCACUAUUUCAGUCACGUGCCUCAUCAUUGCCUUCAUCAUUCACAUCUGUACAAAGACUUACCGCUCCACACACGACAAAUGCAUGAUGUCAUUCUCAGCGGCACUUUUUUUCGCCCAGAGUGCUGCACUGGUUCCUCACUUGACGACAAUCUUUUGUCAAACUAACGCUGUCCUCCUGCAGUAUUUAUGGUUAGCUGUUUUCACGUGGACAAGCGUGAUGGCGUUUGACCUUGCGUACGCAUUCAGUAUUUGCAGGAUAUCUUACCUUAGAUCUACAGACAGUAAGAAAUUGUUCAUAAAGUAUUCCCUGUUUGGAUGGCUUGUACCAUUUGCAAUCGUGUUGGUUUGUGUUCUUCUUGACCAGUUUGAAGAGUCGGUGAACUUUGGCUAUGGAUCGAGUGGACAUUGCUGGAUCACCAACAAAGUAGCUGUGUACAUCAGCACUACAACCCCUGUCGUAAUUUGUCUUGUCUUCAAUUUUGUAUGCAUUGGAGUAUCCAUGUUUGGAAUAGAAUAUGUUAAAAAGCAAUCUUUAUAUGUUAAGAAGAGCACAAAAGACGCUGCAAGAUGCACUGUAUAUCUACAAAUAUCACUCUUGCUUGGAGUCACUUGGGUUUUGGCUUUUAUCAUUAUAGCAUUCCCGUUCCUAUGGCUACAGGUUAUGCACAAUAUCAUAAACGGUUGUCAAGGAGUUUAUGUCUUGGUUAUGACUUUGAAGCAUCCUAAAGUUGUUAAAGGAAUUUCUAGAAGGAUGCAGAGAUACAAACUGUCUUACAGUAAAGCGAAAUCAACUUCUCUCACCACGUCAACUCCAAAUAAACCUAUCAACACUGUCAAAAGAUCCCACUCUAUUUAGAAUUUCUAAGCAAAUGUAAAAUACUGUAUUUUGGUU